AGACUACUUGUAUGCCUUUUAUCGUCACCCUGCUAGUUAUACGAUUCCGUGACGCUUCUCAGUAAAAUGUUGUCCCGCACAAAGCAGAGUAAUCGGGCUUACUGUACUCUGCACUACAGCUUCAUUUACGGCUUCAGCUCCGCCUGUCCAUGCUGGGGCAAGAUUCCAUUGCUACAGGUACAACUGUCCGUCAGACGAGCCGCCUCGAAGCACCUUUUGGGGCGCCCACCAUCUCUCCCUCUCCCUCUCUCUCUCUGGCUACAGACGCAGAGCUCUUCCAAUGGAUCUAGUCAGCUACCUACAAUUUGCCCUUCCAUCGACACCGUCAUCGUCAUUGUUUCCAUCCAUCGCCUCCCGUCUCCCACUCCAACUUCACCUCCAUCUUCAACAACCUGAGCCUCCUCGAUCUGCUCGUUUUGGCCGCGGCGGGCCGAUCGACUCAAAAAUGCUUUGAUACGAGGAAACGGAAGAGGGAAUGCGUCAGCAAGGCUACAGCCGUGGGCUUCCUCAUUGUGCACUGCCUUCUGCUUCGCCUGUG